AUAUGCCACACUUUAAAUAUAAUAUAUAAUACACAAACAAAGAAUUGAGGAGAAUACUUGAAGGGUUUUUUUUUUAACGUAGUACACAAGUUAAAAAACGGUUGUGCUCUUGAACGCUUUCUUAUGUCAUCACGCAGUCUCCUUGCCGGGCGAGUUUUCCUUGACAGCCGGCUCCCACUGAAGCUUUGCUAGGUGUCACCACACCGUCAGCACCGCACAGCUUAGCGUUUUAGCUUCUUAGCCUUUAGCAGCCUCCCGACUGCGAUUGAGGGGACGCAGACAUGUCCAAAGAAACGGAAGGGAAGAGCGACAAAAUCAUGGACAUGGAGAGCAAGGUGCUGUGGUACCCGGACUCCAAGAGGGACACGCAGAUGGACACCUUCAGGACGCAAGUCAACAGGGAACAUGGACUUGAUCUCGUCGACUACAGUGACCUGUACCAGUGGUCGGUGGACUGCUACCCGGACUUCUGGGCACACGUGUGGGCCUUCUGUGGCGUGGUCAGCUCCAAAACAUACGAAGAGGUGGUGGACGUUUCCAAGCGGAUCUCCGAGGUUCCCGAGUGGUUUAAAGGGGCUCGGCUCAACUAUGCAGAGAACCUGCUCAAACACUGCGACCAGGACAAAGUGGCUCUUUAUGCUGCAACCGAGGCCAACGAGGAGAUUGUGAAGGUGACCUUCGGGGAGCUGAGGCGCGACGUGGCGUUGUUCGCCGCGGCCAUGAGGAAGACGGGCGUCCAGACGGGAGACAGAGUCGUCGGUUACCUGCCCAACGGCGUCCAUGCAGUGGAGGCCAUGUUGGCCGCGGCCAGCAUCGGAGCCAUUUGGAGCUCCACCUCUGUCGACUUUGGAGUCAACGGCGUUCUUGACAGGUUCUCUCAAAUCCAGCCCAAGCUCAUCUUCUCUGUGGCCGCCGUGGUGUACAACGGCAAAACUCACGACCACAUGGAGAAGCUGACCAGCGUCGUCAAAGGUCUUCCUGACCUGCAGAAAGUGGUGGUGAUUCCCUACGCUCGCGCCAAACACGACACUGACCUCUCCAAGAUCCCCAACAGCGUGUUUAUAGAUGACUUCCUGGCAUCUGGACGUGGGGAGGGGGACCAACUCCCCCAGCUGGAGUUUGAGCAGCUUCCUUUCAGUCAUCCUCUCUUCAUCAUGUACUCAUCUGGAACCACAGGAUCACCGAAAUGUAUGGUCCACUCUGCUGGGGGCACGCUCAUCCAGCACCUGAAAGAACACAUCCUCCACGGCAACAUGACCAGCAAUGACGUCAUCAUCUACUACACCACGACGGGCUGGAUGAUGUGGAACUGGCUGGUGUCAGCUCUGGCAGUCGGGGCUUCAGUGGUUCUGUAUGACGGGUCACCGCUUAUGCCCACCCCCAGUGUACUGUGGAACCUGACGGAGCAGCUGGGCAUCACUAUCUUCGGUACGGGGGCCAAGUGGCUGUCGGUGCUCCAGGAGAGGAACCUGAAACCCGCUGAAUCCCACAACCUGCAGUCCCUGCACACCAUCCUGUCCACCGGAUCGCCCCUCAAGCCUCAGAGCUACGACUACGUGUACCGCUGCAUCAAAAGCAACGUGCUUCUGGGCUCCAUCUCAGGUGGAACAGACAUUGUGUCGUGUUUCAUGGGUCAGAACCCAACAGUUCCAGUGUAUCGGGGCGAGAUCCAAACCAGGAACCUUGGCAUGGCAGUGGAAGCAUGGAACUGUGAAGGUAAGCCGGUUUGGGGGGAGAGUGGCGAGCUGGUCUGCCUGAAGCCCAUCCCAUGCCAGCCGACGCACUUCUGGAAUGAUGACAACAGCAGCAAGUACCACAAAGCCUACUUCUCCACAUUUACCGGCGUCUGGGCCCAUGGAGACUACUGCAAAAUCAAUCCAAAGACGGGAGGCAUUGUCAUGCUCGGCAGAAGUGACGGGACGUUGAACCCCAACGGAGUUCGCUUCGGCAGCUCUGAGAUCUACAACAUCGUGGAGGCCUUCGAGGAAGUGUCGGACAGCCUCUGUGUUCCGCAGUACAGCGCCGACGGCGAGGAGAGGGUCGUUCUGUUCUUAAAGAUGGCACCCGGCAAGCCCUUCUCCCCCGAGUUGGAGGCGAAGGUGAAAGCGGCCAUCAGGAAAGCCCUGUCGGCCCGACAUGUGCCCGCCCUCCUGCUGGAGACCAGAGACAUACCCUACACCAUCAGCGGUAAAAAGGUGGAGGUGGCGGUGAAGCAGGUGAUCGCUGGCCGGGACGUGACCCAGCGAGGCGCUUUCUCCAACCCCGAGUCCUUAGACCUCUACAAGAACAUUCCGCAGCUGCAGAACUACUGAUGAGGAGGAGGAGGUAUCCUAGACUGUCAAGUCACUUUUCAUUACUGAAGGAACUGCAUUCACGCCCAUCGCUACGAGGGGAGCGCUCACGGUACAAAAUGGAAAAAUGUUUUCACGAGAAAUUCCGGCAGCUGCUCUGGCGUGGAAACGCACGACUGGACGUCGAAUACGCUAACAAAAGAGUCACAUUUAGCAUUAGCAUUAGCUUGUCUUCAGACGCCACCUUUCUCAACCUAGAUUCCCAAACAUAAUGAGAGGCUGGUGUCAUGAAUGACCGACAUACACACUAUAAGGGGUAAUCGACAUACAGCUCAAUCAGGGCUGACCGAUUAGCGACUCUGUUGGGGGUGACCAACACCACAGUACAGCACGCAGCCCUUUUUGGCUCCAACGUGAGCGUUUGGUCCGCCUAGCACAUACAGUAGAAAGGAACAGCUACAAAAAGACCAAAAACCUACCGUUUCUUUCAUCACUUUUCAAUGACGCUAGCGUACAGGGCCCCCUGCAUGAUAUGGACUAAAGUAUUCGGGCACAUACAGGACGAAGUUGGCAGCAAACAAUUGCCCAAAAUGUCUUCCUAAGAUGAGUAACAGCUGUGUCCCAAUACUUUUGUCUGCGUAAUGUAGCGUGAAACAAAGGUUUUCCAUCCAAACACACAAAUGACCCCAAUGACCCCGUCCACAAUUAGCAUUUUGGAAAAUAAGGGACAUUCAAAUGUGUGACGUGUUGUUUUUGGUUGCACCAUGAUGACCUCCUGUUGGUUUAUGUCAUAAAAAUAAGAAUAUGUAUAAUUAUAUAUCAUUAUCAUUAGAAUUCAUUCAUAAGUAGAUGCAAAAAUCAGGAAAAUAAAUAAGAACUAAUAUAAUAAUAAAACAAUAAGCAUUUGUAUAUAUAGUUAUUAUAUAAUUAUGCAUAUUUAUGUUUAUUUAGAAUUAUUUUUUAUAAAUAAUAAAAAAAAAUUAAAAAGCUACAUUUUAAUUGAGGACAUAUUUAUACCAAAAUAAUAACACAAUACAAAAAUGGAAUUUCUCUUGGCAUCUCUGGCAGAGCAGCAGAGGAUUUAUUUGUUUAUUUAUUUUCAUGAAAGUGGAAAUGUGGGAAAAUACUGGAAAUCAUUAAAACAAGAGGGCGAAGGGCAAAAGAACUGGGGGGGGGGUUGUCUGGGAAAACGGGAGGGUUGACAGGUACGGAUCCAAAACCUAAAACGCACGCAGCGGGGAAGCUCCUGCUUUGUCCUUUUUGAACUUGCAGCGUCUCUCACGUGUUUUUUGCUGGCGUCGUUUGAGGACGUAUUUCAGCGUUUUCUUCCAAUGAAUUCCAUCUUAUGACUCUUUUUGCUUGUGCUCAGUCUGGAGACGUGAUUUGGUUCCAUGAACCAGGGACCCACCUCGCAUAAAAACCGCUCGACUUAUUCUAUCCAAAAUGUUUGGUGUCUGUGUCGUUUCUUCAGCACUCAUUUUUCUUCCGCGUGCUUGUACGUCUUUGUCGUGGCCUGACACUUUGUCUUCUAAUGUUGUGCAUGAGGAAGAAAUAAAGUAUUUGUAAUGACUUCAUCCUGGUCGUGGACGCACGCCUCCUGUUGAUGCCCGCAUUGUUCUCUGAAGAUGUCCAAAAGCUUUUGCUGGCUUUAUCCAAAAAAACAAAAACACAAAGCUUUCACAUUGAAUUAUAAUAAAGUAAUAAUUAGUAGGGUUAAUAUUGAAAGAUACGACAUUUCUAACACAUUCAUGUUCCGUGAACAAGAAUGUACGGUGAAUGCCGCUGUAUAAGCCGCACCCACUAAGUUUAGAGGAAAACCAGAUUUGCACAUAUGUCAGCCUCAGCGGUGUAGAAGCCGCUCGUGUCCACGUCAUAAAAUGGCAUAUUGUGGCGCGCACGAGUCCGUGAGGACCAGGCAGCUCUUUAUUUGACAAGAGCCAAUCAUGAUGUUGAAAAAAAUGCUGCUUCAGUCCACCAGAGGGAGCCAGAGGACCAAAAGACAGGGGAAAGGUGACGGAGGGAAGGUGAUGUCAGUGCAGUGCAUUAUGGGAAACCUUUUCUUUAUUUUAAAGUCAUAUUGGGACAUGUUUGUAUAUUUGUACAGUAUAUGCACCUUUUGGGUAUGAAGUUGCUGUGUGAUGAAUUUAGUGCUGUUCGUAAAGAUGACACCUUGAGUCAGACUGGUAUUGUAUUGUGUGACCAGCAAUGGGUUGACAAGCUUGUUGUGAGUGCACCGAAAACUCGUGUUUGGGUCCUGCUAAAGAAAGAGCAAACCGCUUCCCCACCGACUCGCGAGCGGCACAGUAUUUAAACAAUCGGUAGUACUUCUGAAGUAAAGGAGACGUCACGGGAUGGCCUAAGGCCGAGAGCCGGACAUGAGGGAUAUUUCUGCCAUCGGGACAAAACAUCCAAACAUUUUGAUUCGCAGUGCUCGCACCAUGCCAACGGGACCAUGCAUUUCGGGGGCACUGACAGUUUAUAUGGGAAAGAAGAAGCCUAGUUUUGACAGUGUUUUGGGAGGGGUACUGUAUGAGUUGUGCUGAACCAUCCAGAUGUAGUAUUUUGCUAAAAGAACCAAGCAUGAGGGAAGGUUUUUGGGAGAGAUACGAGCUUCCGCUGGGGAGCGAUGGUGUUGUGGAAAUGUCAUUUCUGUUUCAAGAAAUGAGCCAAACAAUCAAAUAUAAUAAUACUCAUUUUAAUUGAAGUUAUUUUCAUUUGAUUUGAUGUGAUAAUACACGAUUUUCUAAAUAAUCAUAAAAUGUCUCAUUGUUACAUUAAAUUUAAUAAAAUUAACUUUUAUGUAUUGAAAUUAGUUGAAUAAUAAUAAUAGUAAUAGUGUUAUAAUAAUGGCCAUAUAAAAGAAUUAUAAUA